AUGAGGCACCAGCACCUGAAGCACCAGCCACAGGAAGCUCAUCUGAUGAGGGAGAGUCCUUUUAAGGGUCUGUUUAUAUUGGCUGUGACUGCCAGGGUCUUCAUCAUUAUCAGCUGAAGACCUGGACCAAUGGAGUAGUGCGAUCCUUACCACAUUUAUCCAGCCAGGAGAGAGCAUCAUCCAUGGAAGGUUCAGCGGCUGCACUAUCAAGCUCCAAUGCAGAGGCUUCUCACUCCGUCACACAGGCCUCACUUGCCAUACAGUCAUCUCUUAGGAAGCCAGGACCAGAAGUGUAAUCUUGUGUCUCAUUCAAGGUGAUUAAAUUGACCUGGUUUCUGCACCACCCACUCAUGUCCUGCACAACCAGAGAUCUUGUUAAUGUCUGGUUCCCAGUUGUCAGUGAGUUUGCGUUUCCCUCUGCAUCUCCUAUUAGCCACAAUAAUUGCAUUAACAUUUAAGAAGAAUACUUUACAGUCCAUUCUUUCUUUCAGAAAACAGAAAUUGGUUCCAAUCCCCCUGAGACACACACACCCUAAGGGGUCGGAAACACACUGAGCAUUUAAGGGUUAACUGCCUUGCUCAAAGGCACAACGGCAGGAGAUGACAUGGAGAGAGGCUGGCCUAGCCAGGAAAUGACUGCUGCGUAUUUACCAGGGGUUGCUCUGGUCCCCUGAUGAACUUUGAUCUGAAGUGGGUCAACCAAACGGAUGUGUAGCGCAACCAUUUCCCUACAUACCUACCUAAUUGUAUUUGAUAUGACAUUAUCUUCCCCUUUAGUUAGUUAAUGCAAAAUAGGGAUCUCCACUUUAUUUUUUAUUUUUAUUUUUUUCACCUUUAUUUAACCAGGUAAGCCAGUUGAGAACAGGUUCUCAUUUACAACUGCGACCUGGCCAAGAUAAAGCAAAGUAGUGCAAUAAAAACAACACAGAGUUACAUAUGGGGUAAAAAAAACAUAAAGUCAGAAAUACAACAGAAAAUAUAUACAGUGUGUGCAAAUGUAGCAAGUUAUGGAGGUAAGGCAAUAAAUAGGCUAUAGUGCAGAAUAAUUACAAUAGUAUUAACACUGGAAUGCUAGAUGUGCAAGAGAUUAUGUGCAAAUAGAGAUACUGGGGUGCAAAAGAGCAAAAUAAAUAACAAUAUAGGGAUGAGGUAGUUGGGUGGGCUAAUUUCAGAUGGGCUGUGUACAGGUGCACUCUUCCCUUUACAAUUGUGUUGGAUUUUAUUAAAUGUAUUAUGUUGUUCUAAUUUAUAACACGUUUCAAUUAAUACAUGUUAGUGUGUACCAAAGCAUUCUAAAUGUACCUCAACCCUGAGCUACUCUCUGUCUUAGUCAAACAUCCAAAGCCACAAUGUUUCUACUUUGAUUGGGCAACAAACUUUGUCAGAUUUGUCUUAACUAUUUUAAUGAAAAUUGAAAAAUAAAUAAAUGGAGAUUAAAAUAAAGUAAUAACUGGCUAACCCUACAUGAUUGUACAACUUGGUAACUACAGAAUUAGCUAAAUUAUAAAAAUUACUACAAUUUCUCUACCUGUGGAAUAUUUCCACCUGUUUUGAUUUUAUGCUACUACAGUUUCUCAAUGCUUGGUGAGAUGCCUGCAGAAAAAGGAAGAGCGGGAGGGCAGGGGUGGAGUAUUUUGUGCAUUCCACCUCUGUCAGAAAUGACCCCCAAAUUCCUAGAAAUAGCCUAGGUUAGUUGAUUAUUCAUUAUUUGUAAGCAUUUUUUUAGCAUUAAAAGCAUUAGAAUCCCAAAAUAUCUUCCCCCCUUUCAACAAUAUUUCAAAUAAAAUGUCAACUCUUAAAGUAUAAUGGGAGUCAUGUGCAGGAAGUAGGUCAAUGUUACAGCAUUAUAUAAGCAGUGAGGUAAGGCAAUAGCAGAAACCAUCACGUGCCACAUGCUGGGGGGAAACUGGGAGAAAGCCAGUGGUUAGACGCCCUCUCAUGGUGACUUGUACUAGGGACAUGAAAACUCAUCACGUGCUGCCUGACAGCGGGGAGAAACUGUCUGAGCCAGAGGUUGGUGUCUGCUAGGCUGAUUUAGGUUGAUGAGUUCAUUCACCUCACCUGCCAGGCUUAUAGCUUUCAAGAUGAUCAGUUACAAGCUGGAAGGUCAUUUCCAGUUAGCUGAACUUAAAACUGAUUUACACUGAGGAACAUUUGUCAAUAGGCAUACAAUGGAGAGUUUAUUUAUAGUCCUCUCAAGUGGAUGUUAGUUAGUGCAUACACACUUAUCAUGUGACUGAUCAACACAAUAACAUUUAUAUUUAUAAGAUGUUUUACAAUUAUUUUUCUUUUGAAACUUUUUACACAAUAUUGAGUUACACUCCCAGGCACCUUGUAAUUAUACAAGGUUCCAACCAUAUGUAUGGGUUGCUUGAAGUCAACAUCCAUUGAGUUGGUAUUUGUGCCAUCUUCUGGGCAAAGCAAGUAACUGCAAGCAUCCAUUCAUUAUUUUAUUUUCUCAGUACUCAGUUGAGUGUUUCAAUUGAGGAUCGGGAUAUGUGAAUGUCUUUCAUAGAGGUUGUCAAAAUUGGCAAAUAUAAAAAUCAGAGGAAUUAAACAAAACACCAACCCAUUUAGUCUCUAGGCCUCCGUAAGGGUGUCAGUGCUACAAUAAUGCAUCAAUUUGACCGUGGAGGAAUUACAAAUUAUGAGAAAUCAAAACUAAUGUGUCAGUUUUGUAUGGUUCUUGUGCCCGUAGGAGAAAACAAUAGCCCUCCUGUCUCUCGGCCUGACGUCAUAACCCCACGCCUGGCAGGAGCCAUGCCUCAUGUCAUAACCCCCCACCUGGCAGGAGCCAUGCCAAUCCAAGAGCUGCCUAGGAAACGGAAGGGGGAUCUAGACAACAGGUAAGAGCAGAGAGAUCUCACCUAUCAUAAAGUAGCAUAAAAAUAACAAAAUUCUUAUUUUUUUCUCUUACUCGGUGGACUUAUAUUUUCUGUUCUCUCUAUGUCUUGCAGGGAAAAUAGUGAUACUCAAAUGGAGGAGGAACAGAGCAGGUAUUUGAAGAUUCUUUAGAAAUUAUUUUUAUUUCAGCACUAAUCUUGGAAAGAUCUCUCAGGGCCAGGCCAGGUGAUUAAAUUAAUCAUUUUAAAUAAUCAUAUAUAUUUCCCAUUCCAAUUCAGAUCGGAAGACGAUGAUCAGCAGGUCAAAAUGAAAUGCUUCAGGUAAGAGCCUGGGCGUACAUAUUCAUUUGGUAUAUUGAAAGGGAGUUAAAGGCCCAAUGCAGCCGUUUUAUCUCAAUAUCAAAUCCUUUCUGGGUAACAAUUCAGUACCUUUAAAUCAAAAUGGUAAAAAAUAAACAAAAAUAGCUUCUUAGCAAAAGCAGUUUCUCAAGCAAGAAUUUUGCUAGGACUGUCUGGGAGUGGUCUGAGUGGGGAGGGGAAAACCAGCCGUUAUUGGCAGAGCGGUUUGGAACUCUCUUUCUUAUUGGUCUAUCAACUAAUUUACCAACAGGCAGGCCAAAACUCCAUCCCACCAAAACAGGUUGAAAUUUCAGGCGGUCAUUUCAAACAGAUCUUACUUACUGGCCAGGUCGCAGUUGUAAAUGAGAACUUGUUCUCAACUGGCUUACCUGGUUAAAUAAAGGUGAAAUAAAAAAAUAAAAAAUAAAAAAUAAAAGGGCAUUAUCAUAAUUUUCACAAUUUCACAGUAUUAUUCCAACCUCAUGGUGUGGAAAUAUAUAUAAAACACAGGAAAAUCACAUUUCUGACUCCACUGGCCCUUUAAAGUAUGCUUUAGGCAUAUCCUCUCAAGUUCAGUAAAAAACAGGAGGAUACUUUAAUAUUAUAAAUGACCUAAUACUACACUCAGGUGUGUUUCUUGUGUGAUUAUUGGCACUCUGUGAAGCUGGUGGUACGAUGCGAGCGACCACAUCACCAUAACGCCAAUAAUAACAAUAGCACACACCCUCUCAUGUGUUGUUGCUUUAAUAAAUGAUAUCAUGCUGACUUGAUAGCAACAAGCUUCACCUUGCCUCAGCCCGUAGUGAGAUAUGUGUGUGAGAGAGAAAUACGUGUAUUUGUGCCCUCACUCACAGGGAGCCACACAGCCAAAUUGAAAAGCGGAGGAGGGACAAAAUGAACACCCUUAUCGAUGAGUUGUCAGGCAUAAUUCCCUCCUGUAACCCCAUGGCCAGAAAGCUUGACAAACUCACGGUGCUGCGAAUGGCUGUGCACCACCUCAAAGCCCUGAAAGGUAGGCCUCAUCAUCCCAAAACUGCCCCUACAACACUGGCCCUACAACACGGUACACAUCUCUUUAAGGUAGAUCUCAUAAAGCUACACUAAUGCAGUUAGAGUCUUGGACACAUGGUGGCUGCAAAAUACACAGCUGUGCACAAAUAGCUUGGUUAAUUGCUGAUUAUAUAUAUAUAUAUAUAUAUAUUUAAACUCAGCAAAAAAAGAAACGUCCUCUCACUGUCAACUGCGUUUAUUUUCAGCAAACUUAACAUCUGUAAAUAUUUGUAUGAACAUAACAAGAUUCAACAACUGGUGGCAUUGUCAUGCUGGAGGGUCAUGUCAGGAUGAGCCUGCAGGAAGGGUACCACAUGAGGGAGGAGGAUCUCUUCCCUGUAACGCAUAGCGUUGAGAUUGCCUGCAAUGACAACAAGCUCAGUCCGAUGAUGCUGUGACACACCGCCCCAGACCAUGACGGACCCUCCACCUCCAAAUCAAUCCCGCUCCAGAGUACAGGCCUCGGUGUAACGUUCAUUCCUUCGACGAUAACUGCGAAUCCGACCAUCACCCCUGGUGAGACAAAACCGCGACUCGUCAGUGAAGAGCACUUUUUGCCAGUCCUGUCUGGUCCAACGACGGUGGGUUUGUGCCCAUAGGCGACGUUGUUGCCGGUGAUGUCUGGUGAGGACCUGCCUUACAACAGGCCUACAAGCCCUCAGUCCAGCCUCUCUCAGCCUAUUGCGGACAAUCUGAGCACUGAUGGAGGGAUUGUGCGUUCUUGGUGUAACUCGGGCAGUUGUUGUUGCCAUCCUUUACCUGUCCCGCAGGUGUGAUGUUCGGAUGUACCGAUCCUGUGCAGGUGUUGUGACACGUGGUCUGCCACUGCGAGGACGAUCAGCUGUCCGUCCUGUCUCCCUGUAGCGCUGUCUUAGGCGUCUCACAGUACGGACAUUGAAAUGUAUUGCCCUGGCUACAUCUGCAGUCCUCAUGCCUCCUUGCAGCAUGCCUAAGGCACGUUCACGCAGAUGAGCAGGGACCCUUGGGCAUCUUUCUUUUGGUGUUUUUCAGAGUCAGUAGACUGUGACCUUAAUUGCCUACCGUCUGUAAGCUGUUAGUGUCUUAACGACCGUUCCACAGGUGCAUGUUCAUUAAUUGUUUAUGGUUCAUUGAACAAGCAUGGGAAACAGUGUUUAAACCCUUUACAAUGAAGAUCUGUGAAAUUAUUUGGAUUUUUACUAAUUAUCUUUGAAAGACAGGGUCCUGAAAAAGGGGUUUAUUUUUUUGCUGAGUUUAUUAUAUAUAUAUAUAUUGUUAAUAUUUAUAUAUACUUUUAACUCAAGUUAUGGUAGAAAUAUCAAGCUCCUAAGGGACAGGUACAACACAGACUAACAGCUCAGUGCUGUGUUCGUCUCCUCAGCAGGUGCCAGCAGCUCCUUUACUGACGUUAACUACAAACGCAAGCCUUCGUUUCUGCCUCAGGAUGAUCUCAAGCACCUGGUGCUCACGGUAGGCCGCCCUUCAAUCUGUCUCAAUCUCUUUCUCCAAUCAACCAAGAGCAAUCCCAUUUGGUAUUGUGGCAGCAGUCACAACAGUGGGGUAGGAUUAUGUGGUAUGUCGAUUUACAGUUUUUAUGUGUUGGGUCUACUAGGCUCCAAAAAUAGCUGAGAAUUUUGGUAUUAAUAUGGGAAAUAUAAUAUUAAUUAAUAAUACAUUCACCUUUAUGAUUACAAUAAUGAGGAAAAAUCUACAAUUGUGUGGUUUUUACUUUAAAAGUGCCGCAUUUUAUCCAAAGUUAUGAGAGACUGGUGGACAUGUUUCUCCUUCAGACUUUAAGUCUACACUUUAUUUUAAGGACAGUACCUCAGGCAUACCCUCUGGGUUUGCUACAGUAUUUUUUCCAUUCUGUCGCUAACUAAUUUCACUCUGGGAAAUCCCUAUUAAAAACAGGAUGUGUCAACGGCUCCAGUUCUUUCCCCUCGCUUGGAGUGUUCUGUUGUAUAACCUUUGCCAGCUCUGAUCUCCCACAAGUGUGCAUGUUUGUCACACAGAGUCUGCCAUUUUGGAGUAAACAGAGGGAGUGGAUACACACUGAUGGUUUCAAAAUACUGUAGCAGUGUCAGUGUUUUCAUGGAUCCAGAUUGAAAUAUAUUGAGGUCGUGCCGUGUCUCUUUUUCCCAGGCUGCAGAUGGGUUCCUGUUCGUGGUGAGUUGCGACAGGGGGAAGAUCCUCUUUACCUCAGAAUCCGUCUCCAAGUUCCUCAACUACAGUCGGGUCAGUGAACUGGUUAUACUUAAGCAAUAAGGCCCGAGGGGGUGUGGUAUAUGGCCAAUAUACCACGGCUAAGGACUGUUCUUAAGCACGACACAACGCGGAUAAUUACUACUUAAUUCUAAAUUGAGCUAAUUAUUGAGGUCACUAUCACUCAAUCCUAUCUACAGUGGGGAAAAAAAAGUAUUUAGUCAGCCACCAAUUGUGCAAGUUCUCCCACUUAAAAAGAUGAGAGAGGCCUGUAAUUUUCAUCAUAGGUACACGUCAACUAUGACAGACAAAAUGAGAAAAGAAAUCCAGAAAAUCACAUUGUAGGAUUUUUAAUGAAUUUAUUUGCAAAUUAUGGUGGAAAAUAAGUAUUUGGUCAAUAACAAAAGUUUCUCAAUACUUUGUUAUAUACCCUUUGUUGGCAAUGACACAGGUCAAACGUUUUCUGUAAGUCUUCACAAGGUUUUCACACACUGUUGCUGGUAUUUUGGCCCAUUCCUCCAUGCAGAUCUCCUCUAGAGCAGUGAUGUUUUGGGGCUGUCGCUGGGCAACACGGACUUUUAACUCCCUCCAAAGAUUUUCUAUGGGGUUGAGAUCUGGAGACUGGCUAGGCCACUCCAGGACCUUGAAAUGCUUCUUACGAAGCCACUCCUUCGUUGCCCGGGCGGUGUGUUUGGGAUCAUUGUCAUGCUGAAAGACCCAGCCACGUUUCAUCUUCAAUGCCCUUGCUGAUGGAAGGAGGUUUUCACUCAAAAUCUCACGAUACAUGGCCCCAUUCAUUCUUUCCUUCACACGGAUCAGUCGUCCUGGUCCCUUUGCAGAAAAACAGCCCCAAAGCAUGAUGUUUCCACCCCCACGCUUCACAGUAGGUAUGGUGUUCUUUGGAUGCAACUCAUCAUUCUUUGUCCUCCAAACACGACGAGUUGAGUUUUUACCAAAAACUUAUAUUUUGGUUUCAUCUGACCAUAUGACAUUCUCCCAAUCCUCUUCUGGAUCAUCCAAAUGCACUCUAGCAAACUUCAGACGGGCCUGGACAUGUACUGGCUUAAGCAGGGGGACACGUCUGGCACUGCAGGAUUUGAGUCCCUGGCGGCGUAGUGUGUUACUGAUGGUAGGCUUUGUUACUUUGGUCCCAGCUCUCUGCAGGUCAUUCACUAGGUCCCCCCGUGUGGUUCUGGGAUUUUUGCUCACUGUUCUUGUGAUCAUUUUGACCCCACGGGGGUGAGAUCUUGCGUGGAGCCCCAGAUCGAGGGAGAUUAUCAGUGGUCUUGUAUGUCUUCCAUUUCCUAAUAAUUGCUCCCACAGUUGAUUUCUCUUCAAACCAAGCUGCUUACCUAUUGCAGAUUCAGUCUUCCCAGCCUGGUGCAGGUCUACAAUUUUGUUUCUGGUGUCCUUUGACAGCUCUUUGGUCUUGGCCAUAGUGGAGUUUGGAGUGUGACUGUUUGAGGUUGUGGACAGAUGUCUUUUAUACUGAUAACAAGUUCAAACAGGUGCCAUUAAUACAGGUAACGAGUGGAGGACAGAGGAGCCUCUUAAAGAAGAAGUUACAGGUCUGUGAGAGCCAGAAAUCUUGCUUGUUUGUAGGUGACCAAAUACUUAUCCACCAUAAUUUGCAAAUAAAUAAAUUAAAAAUCCUUCAAUGUGAUCUUCUGGAUUUUUUUUCCUCAAUUUGUCUGUCAUAGUUGACGUGUACCUAUGAUGAAAAUUACAGGCCUCUCUCGUCUUUUUAAGUGGGAGAACUUGCACAAUUGGUGGCUGACUAAAUACUUUUUUCCCCCACUGUAUUAUCCACUUAAAUACUCUCAAUGACAACUUUAGGAAGAGUCCAUUACUUAACAGUGCUAUCCCAUUCAUUUAGUUCCAUGGUUCGGUUUUCUUUGGCCAUUUGUAACAGGCACCCCAUGCCCCUACCACUCCCACUGAUUUUUAGCUAGCGGUGUUUGUAGUGGCUGUCUAAAGAAAACCGAGCCAUGGAUUAUAUUUUCUCCUGGCCCAUAGACUACUUACAGGGUGAGGAACUAUCUAACAUUAAAUUGUAAAAUACUAAAUUCCCCUUUAAUACCUUGUAAUUUCUGUACCAUAGUAAAGUUAUACCUGAAACUGUUUCAUGCUUUAUGUUGUGGAGGUUUAACCAGAAAGUUCAGGUGGUUCUGAAGUGGGGAUCUGAAUCAGUUGUUUAGUAUAGUUGGCUAGCUAGCUAGCUCACACAAGAUUUGGUUUCAGGUUCGGAGAUGAUUAGUUUGGUUCUGAUAAUUAAAGUACUGUUUUUGUUUACAGUUGGAACUAAUUGGACAGAGUCUUUUUGAUUAUGUCCACCCGAAGGACAUUAGUAAAGUGAAAGAGCAGCUGUCAGCCUCAGGAUUAUACCCUCGCGAACGGCUCAUAGAUGCCAAAAGUAAGUCUGCAAAGACUUUAUUUAAAUGUAUCUGUUGCUGGGAUUUUCCUAUCUUAUUUCUCUCUGUGUUUUGUUUUGUUUGUGUCUUGUUGAAAUGCAGUUUAAGCUAUGUCACCACUAUAACGGUAUUACUUUAAAGAAAGCUACAGCUUGUAUCUCAGUUCUAUUAGCACAGGGGAAAGAGCAGAGAGCCUAGGUUCUGUUUGUUGUUGCUUUACUGGUUUCCACUUUGACCUCGUUCUCUUUUGAGGUCACAGAUUUUUACUUUUUAGGUUCCGUCUUCAAUGUUACGUUGUGUUUAAAAAAUAUAUUAUAAAUAUAAUGUGAUGUUGUUGGAUCAUAGGCUCUCCCGGGUUCUUUUGCAGGGUUACAGGUACAGGACCUUCCUGUGGGAGCAGUUCAGCUGUGUACAGGGGCACGGCGCUCCUUCUUCUGCCGCAUGAAGCACAGCAGAACAGUUAUGAAGACAGAAGACAAAACCAUCCAGCCCAGCAGCUCCAAGAACAAGGGUGAGAGAGCCAUGCAGAUAGAACUUUCACAAAAUACAUCGUAAGAGCAGAGAGGAACGUGGUGGUCAUCAACCCAGAAGCACAAUUUUUUUUUUUUGAUUCCACCUCACUGAGGUAGUUGGUUAGCCCUGAUAGGGCCAUGAUUGGAAUUGCAUGUGGGGGUUAAAUGUAAACACGUGUUUUAUGUGCACUGUCUACCCCUGUAGAGUCUCAACGAUACUGCACUGUCCAUUGCACUGGUUACAUGCGGAGUUGGCCCUCCACCCAGCUGGAUGCUGAGAGCGACGAUAACGAGUUCUCCCAACUGUCCUGCCUGGUCGCUGUGUGCCGCGUUCACCCUAACAAUGCCUGUCAGCCCUCACGUGAGGUCAAGGUCAAACCCACCCAGUUUGUCACUCGCUUUGCAAUUGACGGCAAGUUCACCUUCGUGGACCAACAGUAAGUGGUGUCUAAUACACAACCCUUUUUGCGAUUUUCUCUCAUUAUUAAAUAUUCUUGGCAGGUGUUGGUGUAAUGUUGAACCAAUACUGUUCAUAAGGGGGCAUUGUGGGCAAAGCCUUCACCUGGUGAAAAACACUGGGAGGAAAAUAAAACCGAAUCUAUACCCUGUGAAAGUAACCACCCCUUUCGCUUUACUUCUGGAUCAAGUCCGCUAAUCUUUUGAACGGGCUUCACGGUUAUAUAAUCAAAUUCGUAAUAUAUAUACAGUGGGGGAAAAAAGUAUUUAGUCAGCCACCAAUUGUGCAUGUUCUCCCACUUAAAAAGAUGAGAGAGGCCUGUAAUUUUCAUCAUAGGUACACGUCAACUAUGACAGACAAAAUGAGAAAAAAAAAUCCAGAAAAUCACAUUGUAGGAUUUUUAAUGAAUUUAUUUGCAAAUUAUGGUGGAAAAUAAGUAUUUGGUCAAUAACAAAAGUUUUUCAAUACUUUGUUAUAUACCCUUUGUUGGCAAUGACACAGGUCAAACGUUUUCUGUAAGUCUUCACAAGGUUUUCACACACUGUUGCUGGUAUUUUGGCCCAUUCCUCCAUGCAGAUCUCUUCUAGAGCAGUGAUGUUUUGGGGCUGUCGCUGGGCAACACAGACUUUCAACUCCCUCCAAAGAUUUUCUAUUGGGUUGAGAUCUGGAGACUGGCUAGGCCACUCCAGGACCUUGAAAUGCUUCUUACGAAGCCACUCCUUCGUUGCCCGGGCGGUGUGUUUGGGAUCAUUGUCAUGCUGAAAGACCCAGCCACGUUUCAUCUUCAAUGCCCUUGCUGAUGGAAGGAGGUUUUCACUCAAAAUCUCACGAUACAUGGCCCCAGUCAUUCUUUCCUUUACACGGAUCAGUCGUCCUGGUCCCUUUGCAGAAAAACAGCCCCAAAGCAUGAUGUUUCCACCCCCAUGCUUCACAGUAGGUAUGGUGUUCUUUGGAUGCAACUCAGCAUUCUUUGUCCUCCAAACACGACGAGUUGAGUUUUUACCAAAAAGUUCUAUUUUGGUUUAAUCUGACCAUAUGACAUUCUCCCAAUCCUCUUCUGGAUCAUCCAAAUGCACUCUAGCAAACUUCAGAUGGGCCUGGACAUGUACUGGCUUAAGCAGGGGGACACGUCUGGCACUGCAGGAUUUGAGUCCCUGGCGGCGUAGUGUGUUACUGAUGGUAGGCUUUGUUACUUUGGUCCCAGCUCUCUACAGGUCAUUCACUAGGUCCCCCCGUGUGGUUCUGGGAUUUUUGCUCACCGUUCUUGUGAUCAUUUUGACCCCACGGGGUGAGCCCCAGAUCGAGGGAGAUUAUCAGUGGUCUUGUAUGUCUUCCAUUUCCUAAUAAUUGCUCCCACCGUUGAUUUCUUCAAACCAAGCUGCUUACCUAUUGCAGAUUCAGUCUUCCCAGCCUGGUGCAGGUCUACAAUUUUGUUUCUGGUGUCCUUUGACAGCUCUUUGGUCUUAGCCAUAGUGGAGUUUGGAGUGUGACUGUUUGAGGUUGUGGACAGGUGUCUUUUAUACUGAUAACAAGUUCAAACAGGUGCCAUUAAUACAGGUAACGAGUGGAGGACAGAGGAGCCUCUUAAAGAAGAAGUUACAGGUCUGUGAGAGCCAGAAAUCUUGCUUGUUUGUAGGUGACCAAAUACUUAUUUUCCACCAUAAUUUGCAAAUAAAUUCAUUAAAAAUCCUACGAUGUGAUUUUCUAGAUUUUUUUUCUCAAUUUGUCUGUCAUAGUUGACGUGUACCUAUGAUGAAAAUUACAGGCCUCUCUCAUCUUUUUAAGUGGGAGAACUUACACAAUUGGUGGCUGACUAAAUACUUUUUCCCCCCACUGUAUAUACAAUUACAUUCGCUUUUACAGAGUUUUUGUCCAUUGAAGACCAUUCAAAAAACCUACAAAAGUUUUUAAAAACUACAAUGCUGAGGGGCAGUCACUUCCUGGUAACUUUCAUAGCGUAUUGUUCUCAGAGUUUUGUUCAGAUUUGAUCUCUUUCAGCUGAGUUGAGUAUGUUUUGAUACAUACUGUAAUGUUAGCCAAGGCUACGGUAAGUUAAAAUGGCCUUGGCUAACAUUACAGUUAUACCCUGGGUAACCCAACCUGUGCUUGUAUUAACAGCCAAAGAAAGAAACAAAUAAAGAGAAAAGCAAUGACGUUGGUUAAGGCAGGCCUGGCAGGCAGUCAUCUUGGAUAGGGUUUGCCAUGGCACCCCCUACCAUACCACAGUGGCUGUAAGUGUAAUGGGGUUACCCCAAGUUUUCCAGCAACUGGUCCGAAUGCAUUCCAAAUGAGACAAUAUACCCCUUGAAGAGAUGACUGUACUGAUUAUUUCAAGAGAUGGCAACAGUACAUUACUGGUACUAUUGGUUUGAAAUAUUGAUAAUAACUUUGCUAACUAGUGAGUUGAAAAAUGUUUACUUGGAACAUUGUGUUGGAAAUAUUCUUUUUUUUAUAUAGUAAGCAUGUCAAGAUAAAUACCUUUUUACUUAUCGGUUGUCAAAUAGGCAGCUCCAUUUCACAACAGGAGCCCUUUCACGUAUGUGAAUUUGUUAUUGUGACCCAGGCUGUCCAAAAAUGUUACACUGGUGGUGAGAUCUUCUGACUAACAGCAGAGAGUGCAUUGAACGCGUCAGUCCAAUUUGAUUAAGUAAGAUUGAGUAAGUAGUUCUAUUUUUGUUGCUUUUGAGUGAGAUUCUUUCUACUUUGGUAUUUGAUCCCAAUUCAGAGAACAAGAACCCAGUACACUUUACUGUGGUCAGAUGUUUGACAACCAUUCCAUUUACUCUUUUCCAUAGAAACAGAAAGGCUGCAUCAUGUAUAUUGAUGGUUAUAGUUAGUAUUUAUUGUGCCAUUCUGAAAUGAUGUACAUAGUUAGAGCUGGUAAGUGGACAGAAGAUAUCAACCUGGUACUAUAGUUGGUUUAUAGAGAAUAACAGCCUCCUUGUCUCUGUCCUUCAGAGCCACUACUGUUCUGGGCUACUUGCCACAGGAACUACUGGGGACGUCGUGUUAUGAGUACUUCCACCAGGACGACCUGCAACAACUUGCAGAGACACACAGGAAAGGUAAUGGAGAAUAGUUUGGUUGUCUUUGGUAUCUACUUAUACAGUGGGUAAAAAAAGUAUUUAGUCAGCCACCAAUUGUGCAAGUUCUCCCACUUAAAAAGAUGAGAGAGGCCUGUAAUUUUCAUCAUAGGUACACGUCAACUAUGACAGACAAAUUGAGAUUUUUUUUCUCCAGAAAAUCACAUUAUAGGAUUUUUUAUGAAUUUAUUUGCAAAUUAUGGUGGAAAAUAAGUAUUUGGUCACCUACAAACAAGCAAGAUUUCUGGCUCUCACAGACCUGUAACUUCUUCUUUAAGAGGCUCCACUAUGGCCAAGACCAAAGAGCUGUCAAAGGACACCAGAAACAAAAUUGUAGACCUGCACCAGGCUGGGAAGACUGAAUCUGCAAUAGGUAAGCAGCUUGGUUUGAAGAAAUCAACUGUGGGAGCAAUUAUUAGGAAAUGGAAGACAUACAAGACCACUGAUAAUCUCCCUCGAUCUGGGGCUCCACGCAAGAUCUCACCCCGUGGGGUCAAAAUUAGCAUAAAUCCCAGAACCACACGGGGGAACCUAGUGAAUGACCUGCAGAGAGCUGGGACCAAAGUAACAAAGCCUACCAUCAGUAACACACUACGCCGCCAGGGACUCAAAUCCUGCAGUGCAAGACGUGUCCCCCUGCUUAAGCCAGUACAUGUCCAGGCCCGUCUGAAGUUUGCUAGAGUGCAUUUGGAUGAUCCAGAAGAGGAUUGGGAGAAUGUCAUAUGGUCAGAUGAAACCAAAAUAGAACUUUUUGGUAAAAACUCAACUCGUCGUGUUUGGAGGACAAAGAAUGCUGAGUUGCAUCCAAAGAACACCAUACCUACUGUGAAGCAUGGGGGUGGAAACAUCAUGCUUUGGGGCUGUUUUUCUGCAAAGGGACCAGGACGACUGAUCCGUGUAAAGGAAAGAAUGAAUGGGGCCAUGUAUCGUGAGAUUUUGAGUGAAAACCUCCUUCCAUCAGCAAGGGCAUUGAAGAUGAAACGUGGCUGGGUCUUUCAGCAUGACAAUGAUCCCAAACACACCGCCCGGGCAACGAAGGAGUGGCUUCGUAAGAAGCAUUUCAAGGUCCUGGAGUGGCCUAGCCAGUCUCCAGAUCUCAACCCCAUAGAAAAUCUUUGGAGGGAGUUAAAAGUCCGUGUUGCCCAGCGACAGCCCCAAAACAGCACUGCUCUAGAGGAGAUCUGCAUGGAGGAAUGGGCCAAAAUACCAGCAACAGUGUGUGAAAACCUUGUGAAGACUUACAGAAAACGUUUGACCUGUGUCAUUGCCAACAAAGGGUAUAUAACAAGGUAUUGAGAAACUUUUGUUAUUGACCAAAUACUUAUUUUCCACCAUAAUUUGCAAAUAAAUUCAUAAAAAAUCCUACAAUGUGAUUUUCUGGAUUUUUUCCCCUCAUUUUGUCUGUCAUAGUUGACGUGUACCUAUGAUGAAAAUUACAGGCCUCUCUCAUCUUUGUAAGUGGGAGAACUUGCACAAUUGGUGGCUGACUAAAUACUUUUUUCCCCCACUGUAGGUGAGAACCAUAUGUUCUCCAAAUGUGCAGGUUGCUCAAACAGAUAUGAAAGAUAUUUUGGUUGCAGAAAAUUACCAGGUUCUUACUUAUGUUGCAUGGUAAAAUGGUAAUUACUAGGGCUGUGGCGGUCAUGACAUUUUGUCAGCCAGUGAUUGUCAAGCAAAUAACUGCAGGUCUCACGGUAAUUGACCGUUAAUUAACAUAAACAUAUUUAUCAUCUCCUGGCUUCCACACAUAGCCUGCAAGCCACUGAUGCAGACCUUUGGAACAUCUACAUUUAAAAAAGUCUAAUAAAUCCAUGUAAUAUAGCCUACACCAUCACAAUAAAUCCAUUAUUUAAUUAAGACAGGUCUAAAGAAACAUUAUAUAAGAAAAUGUAGUCUAUUUCAGAAGAACAGAAUAUCAUACACUGAGUUGUCCUUACAAGCAUUUCGCUACACCCGCAAUAACAUCUGCUAAAUAUGUGUAUGUGACCAAUACAAUUUGAUUUGAUUUGAUGUUAGGUCCUUAUCUGGCUAUGCCAUAUGGCUGUGGGCUACACUAGUUCAUUUAGCAGACAAGAUUUGCUUAGAAUUCCAUGGCAUUAUUUUAUAUUAUUUUAUAGUAUGAAGAAUACAAUUGAACAUAGCUGAAUAAAAUAUAAAUCAUAUUUUCUCCAAACGAUUUGAGGGAGUGCAAACAUGCGGCUAUUCUGUGUUGAGAGGUUAACAAAGAAACAGGUACUCAUAUAUGCUUAAUUUAGAGUUAUUUAUGUAACUUUAGUUGUGAUACAAAUGUUGGGUUAUAUGUUUUGAUUUUUUAUAUAUUCUAAGGCUGUACACACUUCAUCAGUCUCUCAUUCACAAUUUGACAAGCACUUGAUAAUGCCUCGAAUUUACUGGCUGCAUCCCCUUGUGUGGCUUUAAUACCCCCUAAAAAAAUCCUUGCCUUUUUCGGCCAGUGGCCAUUGUGCCCUUGGGUUGAAUAUAAUAAUUAUAAUUCCCUUCUCCCGGCUGCGUGCCGAAGCACCUCUCACUCACAUGGAAGCACCGCUCACUCAUAUGGCUCUCUGUCAUGUGAUCGGGUCUUUCUCACAGGCUACAAGUGAAGACAGACACAUUGGGGACGCAACUGCGCGCGUUUUUUUCCAAUUUCGAGGCGCAUAUUGAAGAUAUUGGAAGAACUGUCCACUUUUCGUCAGCUGACAAGAUGAGUAGGCCUAACGAACAGCAAAAGCACUAGCCUAUGUCAAUCUACUACCCCCCAUAGUACAAAAGUUGAGCUAUUCUAUUCUGUGAGAGAAAUAAAUAUUCCAAACAUAGUCUGGGACAUUUGUGGGAUGCGAAAGAUCCCAAAUUAAUACAACCACUAGCAUAAAAAAACCUGUUUUAAGCAAGGAGCCUGAUGCAUCAGAUGAGAACGUUUAGCUUAAAAUGCUGAUGAACUAUUAGGCUAUUUCUUCACAUUAUAAGUGCAGCAAUGCACACACGGCAGUAGGCUAUAAGCGCAAAUGUUUCAUUAGCAGGAAAACACCAUUCUCAAAAGUGACCACAAAUGUGAUUAUGCAUGUAAUGCUUUUAUUAUAAAGGUGCAUUUUUAUGGUGGAAAUUAUCUUCCUCAAACUUGAAACUCACGCGCUGCGUAUGUAUGCCAGUUAGGCUCUACACCUGUGCUUCAUUUUAAGAAGUUAUUUGGCCACUUUAGUUGUGAUACAAACCUUAUCAAAACAUAUAGGCCUACGGGCUAGGCUACAUGAUGUGUGGGACUAUGAUUUGAAAAAGUUGCAAAAAAAGCAUGCGCUGUUUCUUGCCUUAAGCUUGGCAUCAUUCACAAGUGAUAGGCUAAUAUUGUCACCCAUCACACUAUUCUUGAUUUAAUCUUGUCUUUACAUAUAUAAAAUAAUAUAUGUGUGAAAUUUGUUAUGAUUUAAAAUUGACCAUUAUCAUUCACCUGUCUCGAAACAGGGGCAGCGGAAAAAAAUACAUGUCAUCUAUGCACUUAAAUAGCGAAUGGAGGACGCUUUUCCUGUGGUUCAUUUUCAUGCCAGCCAGGUAGGCUAUACUCCUGUUGCAAAGAGAAGCAAUGUGCUUAAUAUUAGAAAGCUGAGAAAUAACUAUAGUAGGCCUAGCCUAUAGAAAGCUGAUGGGUUCAUCCUCUUUUUAGUAGAGGCCAUCACUCUGUGUGAUUAGAUUUUCGAUGACGUUUGCAUUGAUGUCAGAGUGAUUAGAGGGACAAUAGAGUGCUGAGUACCAGGCAGUUAGCAAGUUUGGUAGGCUACUAAUGACCAUCAGCAGCAUCAGAGCUUGGAGAGGCCUAAUUACUGUGACUAAACGGUCACGUGGAAUUUGACUGCCUUCAUGACUCGUGACCGCCGGUGUGGCGGUAAUACGGUCACCGUAACAGCCCUAGUAAUUACACCAUAAUAACCGAUGCUUACUUGUUUUUUAUUGCGGGGGGGAUUCAUGAAUAAAACUAGCACAUUGCAGUGACAGAAAUUGUGUUUUGUGUCUCAACAGUUCUCAGCAGUAAAGAGAAGAUUGAGACCAGCUGCUACAAGUUCAAAACAAAACAUGGCUCCUUCGUCAUGCUUCAAAGUCAGUGGUUUAGUUUUAUAAACCCGUGGACCAAAGAAGUGGAGUUUAUUGUGUCAUCCAACCGAGUUUUGUGAGUGCCUUUUCACAUUCGGUCUAGAUUGUGGGUUGAACGAUCUAUAAUGAUAUUCAGUAAAAUACAUUUAAUUUAAUAAUCUGCUUUGAGUCAAGACACAAGUUCAGUCAAAAGUGUCCCAUUUUGGUCCCAAAAUGUAGCUGUUGUUCGAGAGUCCUCUGCGUUAUACUAAUGACAUCAUACAAGGGAUGUACAAUCAUUUGUCGUCUGUUCCCUCUCCACACACAGGGGACCCGGUCACACAGAAGCUGAACAGCCGAGUAGCUCCAAGCUGUCGGAGGGUAAGGAAAGGAAUAUUUGUCAUUUUGGAUAUAACUAAGUUUGGGUGUGUGGACCGAACUUAGCUCACUGUCCUGACCCCUCCCUCUGUUACAGAAGAUUGCAAACGUACCAUCCUUAUCCCUGGCAUCUCCAGUGGCAUGGCCACUAUGAUCUACGCUGGUAGCAUAGGGACCCAGAUAGCAAACGAGCUCUUGGACUCCAACAGGUGUGUUGCAUGUAUUAUGGCAUUGUUUUACAAUGCAAUAAAUGCACCGAUCUUGGAUGUUGAUUGGUCUCCACGUAGGCAACAGCAUGACCCAUAAUGCUGUGGUGGCAAUGGUUUGAUUAUUAAAACCAUUUUCACUGAAGGGUUCUGUCAGAGCUUUCUUUGGCAACCAGGAGGAAGCUGGUACUUGUAGUCGGCUUACAUUGUUAUUUUGUUUUAUUGGCCCAUGACCUUGAACAUUUUGUUACAUUAGUUCUGCUUUCUUUCACCGCCAAAAUGUCACUGUUUCAUAGACGAUGUCUUUGUGUCUGUGCAGGGUCAACUGUUCUCCAUCCAGUGGAACCUCCAGUCCCUUCUGUCCACCUCAGGACAGGUCUCCAAAGGUCUCCUCUCAUGCCAAUGUGAGUCAUGUUACCUACCUCCCCUCUCAUCCUACAGUGUCUUUAGGACCCUAGGUAGUAGUUGCAUGUUGACUAUAAAACUUUUUAAAACACUUUUUCAAAACUAUUUUCAUUACGGCAUAAAGGGAGAGAGUAUAAUGUUUUUUUACAUGCAGAUUGCAACCAUAACCACUGGAGGUCUCCCUAUGAACACAUGCCUUGCGUAGAUAAACAAUUUUAAGCUGAAUGUAAUGUUUUGAUGUACUUUAACUUAUCAAUUACCAGGGUAAAUAUUACCCCUCAUAUUAGGUGCGCUUGAAGAGUUUUGUAAAUGGAACUUUGUAUAUAAAAAUCUGGAGAAAAACUGUUCUGUAUUAUUAUGUACCCACUUGUCCUCUUGCAGAUGCCAAAUGAGGAGGUGACUGACUCAGAUACAGUGAGCAAGUCUGGAUCAGAGUCUGCUUCAAAGGGGGCCACAUACGCUGGCAGCGACACACAUAUGGACACAGGUAGUUACCAUUCAAAAGCAUAUACAAAGUAAACUUAGAAGCAAUGCAUUUACAUGAUCUUUAAUUUACCUAGACUGUUAUCAAUCAGACAGUUUUAAGUGUAUAUUUGGGUUACUUAGUUAUACUUAGAGUUUAUACUUGGUUAGCAUACGACUGACAUAACUUUGAGUAUUGGUUGAUUUUGAUGACAGCCCGUUCUCCUCCCCCAGGAGAGAGCUCCCAGAUGGACCUGGACAGCAUGGUGGGACCAGGCCUCGGUACCCUGAGCAACGAUGAGGCUGCCAUGGCCGUCAUCAUGAGCCUGCUGGAGACUGAUGCCAACCUGGGGGACGCAGUAGACUUUGACAACAUGCACUGGUCUCACUAGCAGAGAUUCAAAUGCCAUCAAUUCAGGAGAAUAAUUGAGAUUCCAAUUCAAUAAUUGAAAAAUGAUAUUUAUUCUUACGUACAUUACUUCAUUUAUUUAUUUAAGCAUUUUCAAAGAGGAUUUCAUUCAAUUCCUGAAUUGGGAUUUCAAUUCACUUCCAGAAUUGAAAUGGAAUUGACCC